CAGCCUAGCACUUCUAGUUGCACACUACUGCGCAGACAUUGCCCAACACUCGAGAUCCAACAUUUAUAUACCACCGGCAUCAGUAUCGUCGAGCUCGAGCGUCUGGGCCAACCAACAAAGGAAGCUCAGCUGCUUUAGUGAUCACACUACCUAGCAACCUCUCUUCUUCUUCUCGGACACGACGACAUGGCCAACAGGUUGGAUCCUGCAACCAUGGCUUCUUCUCCCUCGGUUUCUCAAGCUAAAGGCGGCAACCGAGCUGCUCCAGCCAUGCACAACGGCAAUGUGAUCAAGAGACUCCAAUCAGAGCUCAUGGCCCUCAUGACAUCUCCUACGCCCGGUCUCUCCGCCUUCCCCUCCUCCGACAUGACUUUUUGGAACGCCACCAUCCUGGGGCCCUCGGGAACGCCCUACGAGAAUCUCACUCUCAAGCUGACUCUCAAAUACCCUCCCAACUACCCUUACUCGCCACCAGAAGUACUUUUCAAAACUCCCAUCUAUCACCCCAACGUUGACUUUAGCGGACGCAUCUGCUUGGAUAUCUUGAAGCCCGGUGGAGAGGGUAAGGAGGGUGCGUGGAGUGCAGUGUUGAACACGGGAAGUGUGCUGUUGAGCAUUCAGAGCUUGCUGGGCGAGCCAAACAACUCAUCACCACUGAACGGAGAAGCGGCUACGCUGUGGGACUCGAACAUGGAAGAGUUCACCAAGAAGGUGCUGGCCCGACACCGGGAUGACACCGACGAUGCAUGAGCUGGAAAAGGAACAAUGAGAGCAUAAUGGAACUUGUCAAGCAUUUCUGGUGUCUUGAAGGCGUUUGUUGUUUGUUAUUGUCUCGAAUCAGGGAGCAAGAGCUGUCGGUGGGAGAACCUGCGUUUACGUUAUACAGUCGUGUGCAGCUUGGCUGGGAAGAGGAUCCAGCACUCGAGGCUACGAAGGUCUCAGCUGUGUGUAGGAUAUCCGAGACGGGACAUGAAGCGAUGAUUUUUGAACCUGAGCUAGAUUGAGGAAUCUGUGGUAGAUCUCCAGCGUUCGCUACCCGAAUCAUCGACGUACACCAUGUGGAAGGCACGCAAGCUAAGGAAUCCAGCACUUUUCCAGCAAGCCGACAGUAUCGAGAUGUGCGAGUACGUCGUAUACCAUGACCGGGCAUGGAAUGGCAGUUCUCCUCGCCUGGAGUCAUUCUUCGUUGAAGACCUAUUAUCAUCAGUACAGGUAGCGUUUCGAUGAGCCACGAGCUGACGCGGAGAGAACGGCGGAAGCGCGUUAUAAAUACUUCCUAGGAGGUAGUAUUAACUUUGUACUGCCUGAGCCCUGAGGCUCUGGACAAGAAUGCCC